AUGUCUGAGUGUGGGAGUGUGACCCCGGCUAUCUGUCCCCAGCAUGAGCCUGGCACAUCCCUGCCUCUGGAGCCUACUGCUAUAACAGGUCCCCAGUCUGAGCCUGGCACAUCCCUGACUCUGGAGCCUACUGCUAUAACAGGUCCCCAGUCUGAGCCUGGCACAUCCCUGACUCUGGAGCCUACUGCUAUAACAGGUCCCCAGUCUGAGCCUGGCACAUCCCUGCCUCUGGAGCCUACUGCUAUAACAGGUCCCCAGUCUGAGCCUGGCACAGCCCUGCCUCUGGAGCCUACUGCUAUAACAGGUCUCCAGUCUGAGCCUGGCACAUCACUGCCUCUGGAGCCUACUGCUAUAACAGGUCCCCAGUCUGAGCCUGGCACAUCACUGCCUCUGGAGCCUACUGCUAUAACAGGUCCCCAGUCUGAGCCUGGCACAUCACUGCCUCUGGAGCCUACUGCUAUAACAGGUCCCCAGUCUGAGCCUGGCACAUCCCUGCCUCUGGAGCCUACUGCUAUAACAGGUCCCCAGUCUGAGCCUGGCACAUCACUGCCUCUGGAGCCUACUGCUAUAACAGGUCCCCAGUCUGAGCCUGGCACAUCCCUGCCUCUGGAGCCUACUGCUAUAACAGGUCCCCAGUCUGAGCCUGGCACAUCACUGCCUCUGGAGCCUACUGCUAUAACAGGUCUCCAGUCUGAGCCUGGCACAUCACUGCCUCUGGAGCCUACUGCUAUAACAGGUCCCCAGUCUGAGCCUGGCACAUCACUGCCUCUGGAGCCUACUGCUAUAACAGGUCCCCAGUCUGAGCCUGGCACAUCACUGCCUCUGGAGCCUACUGCUAUAACAGGUCCCCAGUCUGAGCCUGGCACAGCCCUGCCUCUGGAGCCUACUGCUAUAACAGGUCUCCAGUCUGAGCCUGGCACAGCCCUGCCUCUGGAGCCUACUGCUAUAACAGGUCUCCAGUCUGAGCCUGGCACAUCACUGCCUCUGGAGCCUACUGCUUUAACAGGUCCCCAGUCUGAGCCUGGCACAUCACUGCCUCUGGAGCCUACUGCUAUAACAGGUCCCCAGUCUGAGCCUGGCACAUCACUGCCUCUGGAGCCUACUGCUAUAACAGGUCCCCAGUCUGAGCCUGGCACAGCCCUGCCUCUGGAGCCUACUGCUAUAACAGGUCUCCAGUCUGAGCCUGGCACAGCCCUGCCUCUGGAGCCUACUGCUAUAACAGGUCUCCAGUCUGAGCCUGGCACAUCCCUGCCUCUGGAGCCUACUGCUAUAACAGGUCCCCAGUCUGAGCCUGGCACAUCACUGCCUUGGGAGCCUACUGCUAUAACAGGUCCCCAGUCUGAGCCUGGCACAUCACUGUCUCUGGAGCCUACUGCUAUAACAGGUCCCCAGUCUGAGCCUGGCACAUCACUGCCUCUGGAGCCUACUGCUAUAACAGGUCCCCAGUCUGAGCCUGGCACAGCCCAGCCUCUGGAGCCUACUGCUAUAACAGGUCUCCAGUCUGAGCCUGGCACAGCCCUGCCUCUGGAGCCUACUGCUAUAACAGGUCUCCAGUCUGAGCCUGGCACAUCACUGCCUCUGGAGCCUACUGCUAUAACAGGUCCCCAGUCUGAGCCUGGCACAUCCCUGACUCUGGAGCCUACUGCUAUAACAGGUCUCCAGUCUGAGCCUGGCACAUCACUGCCUCUGGAGCCUACUGCUAUAACAGGUCCCCAGUCUGAGCCUGGCACAUCACUGCCUCUGGAGCCUACUGCUAUAACAGGUCCCCAGUCUGAGCCUGGCACAUCACUGCCUCUGGAGCCUACUGCUAUAACAGGUCCCCAGUCUGAGCCUGGCACAGCCCUGCCUCUGGAGCCUACUGCUAUAACAGGUCUCCAGUCUGAGCCUGGCACAGCCCUGCCUCUGGAGCCUACUGCUAUAACAGGUCUCCAGUCUGAGCCUGGCACAUCACUGCCUCUGGAGCCUACUGCUUUAACAGGUCCCCAGUCUGAGCCUGGCACAUCACUGCCUCUGGAGCCUACUGCUAUAACAGGUCCCCAGUCUGAGCCUGGCACAUCACUGCCUCUGGAGCCUACUGCUAUAACAGGUCCCCAGUCUGAGCCUGGCACAGCCCUGCCUCUGGAGCCUACUGCUAUAACAGGUCUCCAGUCUGAGCCUGGCACAGCCCUGCCUCUGGAGCCUACUGCUAUAACAGGUCUCCAGUCUGAGCCUGGCACAUCCCUGCCUCUGGAGCCUACUGCUAUAACAGGUCCCCAGUCUGAGCCUGGCACAUCACUGCCUUGGGAGCCUACUGCUAUAACAGGUCCCCAGUCUGAGCCUGGCACAUCACUGUCUCUGGAGCCUACUGCUAUAACAGGUCCCCAGUCUGAGCCUGGCACAUCACUGCCUCUGGAGCCUACUGCUAUAACAGGUCCCCAGUCUGAGCCUGGCACAGCCCAGCCUCUGGAGCCUACUGCUAUAACAGGUCUCCAGUCUGAGCCUGGCACAUCACUGCCUCUGGAGCCUACUGCUAUAACAGGUCCCCAGUCUGAGCCUGGCACAUCCCUGACUCUGGAGCCUACUGCUAUAACAGAUCCCCAGUCUGAGCCUGGCACAUCCCUGCCUCUGGAGCCUACUGCUAUAACAGGUUCCCAGUCUGAGCCGGGCACAUCCCUGCCUCUGGAGCCUACUGCUAUAACAGGUCCCCAGUCUGAGCCUGGCACAUCCCUGCCUCUGGAGCCUACUGCUAUAACAGGUUCCCAGUCUGAGCCUGGCACAGCCCUGCCUCUGGAGCCUACUGCUAUAACAGGUCCCCAGUCUGAGCCUGGCACAUCCCUGCCUCUGGAGCCUACUGCUAUAACAGGUCCCCAGUCUGAGCCUGGCACAUCCCUGCCUCUGGAGCCUACUGCUAUAACAGGUCCCCAGUCUUAG